AUGGUUGAGGAUAACAUACAUGUGAUUCAGAAUGACCCGCUCAUUAUCGUAGAUAAAUUCCCCUACACCAGGAAGAACGAAAGAGUCACAGAUCAUUACACCAACAUAAAUAAAUACUUCCACGAAAACGUCUUCUCGUCAACCAUAACGAAAAAGUUGUUAACAAACAUAAUUGGGGUAAAUGAAAAAUAUAUACACAAUUUAAAAAUUAAUAAAAAUUACCGUCUUUUCAAUUUCGAAAUAAUUUUUAUCGACGCAAAUCAUUGUCCUGGAUCUGUAAUUAUUUAUUUUGAAUUUGCAAAUGGAACAAAAAUCAUACACACAGGCGAUUUCCGCUAUUCCAAUGUUCAUACCUUUUUGAUAAAAAAAGUGCUAAAUUGUAAAAGGAAUGAAAAAGAUGGACAGCAAUACAAAUUGCAAACAUUGAUUCCUACAAACUCGGAGGAACAAGCGAACAAAGGGGAGUUGUCCACCGGGGUGAAGACGAGCUUCUCCUGGAAGGGCAAUCCGUAUAACAUCCAUUUUAGUAGUGAAAAUUUAAAUAUAUAUAAGGGAAAAACAUACAUUGUAAAUUUUGAAGAGUUUAGAAUAGCUUAUUUAAAAAAUGUGGAAGAUUUAAUUUGCGGACUUAAAUCUGAGGGGAAGGAAUUUUAUUUGUAUGAUUCCAUUGAAAAGGAAAAUUAUUUUAACUUUUUCAUUUACGUAGAUUUGUCUCUAUAUUUUAAUCAGAACGAAGUGGACAUUUUGCUUCUCCAUGAUGGGAAUAAAAGGCUAAACGAGGACGUGAUAAUUAACGAGGAAAACGUAAAGAACAUUCGCUUCGUCGCGAUCUCUGAUGGAGAAAAGUUAAAAGAUGAAACCAGUCCCAACGGAACCAACUCCUCAGUUUUGGUAAAAAGGGAGUUGCUUCACCAUUUGUGCGAUAGGAUAAAUGGAGAAAACGGAAAGGUAAAAAAGGAAGAGGACACCGACGUGAACGAGUCGCGAUUUACACAUGAGCAUAUCAUUGAAGAAGAGAAGACGGUGGUAAAAGCGAAAAAAGAAAGCGCUAGUGAUCUCAUCAAGCUGGAACAUCGUCCAGGUGGGCAAGAAAUAAAUGCUCCUUCUGACGUGAACGAAUCGGAAGAAGACUCAAAUUAUAUAAGGACCAUUUACCUGGACACAACUUAUGCCCUGUCGAAAAAUAAUUUGUUCGCGCCGCAGAUGUAUUUGAUUAAUUUUAUUAUUUAUAUAUGUAAGAGGAAAGUGAGAGAAGAUUCUGCCGUAUCGGUGGGCGUCGCGGUAAAGGCAGGGGAAAAACACAAGGCUAACCUUGCUAAAACGGGCAAACGAACCCGGGCGCAUAAAUAUAAGGACGAGGGAGGGGGAAGCAAAGUGGGUAAAACAAACAGCGAUGAAAAGAUCGAAACCAAUGGAGCGGGGGAUAGGGAUGAGAAGAACUUACAGGGGAAAGGAAACCGCCCCAAAAGAACCCUAUUCAUGUUUGGAACCUACAACCUGGGGAAGGAAAAAAUUUACCUAAGCGUAUCCGAGGCGUGCAACAUGAAAAUACACUUCAGGAAUGAAAAAAAAAAAACAAUAAUUCAGUCCUUCUUACACAAUAAAAGUAUGUUAAAAAGAAUAACAGACAAUAAGUUGGAAGCGCAGAUCCACAUAGUUGACAUAAAUUAUUCGUAUAUAUUCCCCAAAAUUGAAAAAAAUAAAUUUAAAAAUUUAAUAGACGAAGAAAUCGAAAAGGAAUUUGAUUCAUUCUAUUAUAUUAUCCCCACAGGAUGGGUGAAAAAAUAUUCCUUUUAUCAAAAAAAUGAAAUUUCCAUUUUUUUAAUCCCCUAUAGUGAACAUUCAAAUUUAUCAGAAUUGGAAAGUUUUGUAAAAUCUAUCAAGCCUUGUAAUAUAAUUCCUACUGUGUUUUAUAACCCGAAGGAAAAGACGAGGAUUCUGAACAUCUUCAACCCGUACCUGAACUUACAGCGGGAAGUGCUGAAUUUUUUAAAAAUAUCUGAUGAGCGUUGUUUGGUCAGGAAUAAAAAAAUAUCCAAAAGGGGCGAAAAGACAAAUCACACGCGGAAACAAAUUGUAGAGGCUAAUAUUGUGGGGGUAAAAAAUUCCAAUGGUAGCAGUCAACCCAAGUUGACGUCGUUUUUUCCGUUCAUAAAAAGGAAGAAACGGUGA